AUGCCAGAAAGUGAACCCCUUGUUCCACCUUUGAGAUUUAGUCACAUACAACAAAAUCUAUAUCGCGGUGGAUAUCCACGAAAAAUUAACUUUCCGUUCCUUGCGAGUUUGAAUUUGAAGACGAUUAUAUCUCUUACCCCUGAGCCGAUAAACGAAGCAACAGAUCCUUCUCUCUUUGAGUUUUCCCGUGUAUCAAAUAUCACAUUGGUACAUAUAGAAUGUGCUCAAUCCGGGAAAGGCAAAAAAAGGGGAGUCCCAAUGGGCUAUACCACAAUAUUAGAGGCUCUUAAAUACAUUAUUCAUGAUGAGUUUGCUCCUGUUUACUUCCAUUGUCUCAAUGGAGGCCAAGUGACGAGCCUCGUGGUAGCAUGUCUACGGAAAAUACAGUUCUGGUCUUCAAUCGCAAUUUUCAAUGAAUUUAUAAACUUUUCCUUGAACAUGACUGUCAAUGAUCGGAGUUUCGUGGAUGGCUUUCGAGGAGAAAUUAAAUACCUUCCUGAAGGUAAAGUUGACUGGCUCUGGAUGGGUAUCAGCAAAAGGGUUAUCGGGAGUCAUCCGACCAUAAAAGUCACGGAAGAAAGAAUCCGAUAG